AUGAUUCGGGCUAUACGUGCAAGCAAAACCGCUGCUGAGGAACGUGCUGUUGUAAGGAAAGAGUGCGCUGCGAUCCGUGCUUCGAUUAAUGAAAAUGACCAAGAUUAUAGACACAGGGAUCUAGCGAAGCUCAUGUUCAUUCACAUGCUUGGAUACCCCACUCAUUUUGGGCAGAUGGAGUGCCUGAAACUAAUUGCUUCUCCUGGAUUUCCAGAGAAGAGGAUUGGUUAUCUAGGUUUAAUGUUGCUUCUUGACGAAAGGCAAGAAGUGCUAAUGCUGGUCACCAACUCGCUGAAGCAAGACCUGAAUCAUACAAACCAAUACAUUGUGGGGCUUGCUCUUUGUGCUUUAGGAAAUAUAUGUUCUGCAGAAAUGGCUCGUGAUCUCGCACCUGAAGUUGAAAGAUUACUUCAAUUUCGUGAUCCAAAUAUACGCAAGAAAGCAGCUCUUUGUGCCAUACGGAUCAUCAGAAAAGUUCCGGAUCUUUCUGAGAACUUUACUAAUCCUGCCGCUGCUUUACUCAAAGAAAAGCAUCAUGGUGUUCUCAUCACGGGAGUUCACCUUUGUACCGAAAUCUGUAAAGUCAGUUCCGAAGCCCUUGAAUAUUUCCGGAAGAAAUGCACAGUGGGAUUGGUUAAAACCCUGAGGGAUAUUGCAAACAGUCCAUAUUCACCCGAGUAUGACGUUGCUGGAAUUACCGAUCCAUUUCUUCACAUCAGAUUGCUCAAACUGUUGCGUAUUUUGGGCCAAGGUGAUGCAGAUGCCAGUGACUGUAUGAAUGAUAUACUUGCUCAGGUGGCAUCAAAAACCGAGUCAAACAAAAACGCAGGCAAUGCUAUUCUAUAUGAAUGCGUUCAAACGAUAAUGAGCAUCGAAGAAAAUGGUGGCUUACGUGUUCUUGCGAUCAAUAUCUUGGGGAAAUUCUUGUCCAACCGAGAUAAUAACAUCAGAUAUGUAGCAUUAAACAUGCUGAUGAGAGCCUUAACAGUUGAUUCACAAGCGGUUCAGAGACACAGAGCUACAAUACUGGAGUGUGUUAAGGAUUCAGAUGCUUCAAUUCAGAAAAGGGCCCUUGAACUUAUUUACCUUCUGGUGAAUGAAAAUAACGUGAAGCCACUAGCAAAGGAGCUAAUAGAAUAUUUGGAAGUAAGUGAACAAGAUUUUAAGGAAGAUCUUACUGCCAAGAUAUGCUCCAUUGUUGAAAAGUUUUCUCCAGAGAAAAUCUGGUACAUUGAUCAAAUGCUUAAGGUUUUAUCUGAGGCUGGAAAUUAUGUGAAAGAGGAUGUAUGGCACGCGCUGAUUGUUGUAAUAACAAAUGCCCCUGAUCUCCACGGGUACUCGGUGAGGGCUUUGUACAGAGCAUUACUUACAUCUUCUGAACAGGAAACUCUUGUGCGGGUUGCAAUAUGGUGCAUAGGAGAAUAUGCUGAUCUGUUAGUUAACAAUGCUGGAAUGCUUGACUUAGAAGAUCCAAUAACGGUAACAGAAUCAGAUGCCGUGGAUAUUGUCGAGACUACUAUUAAGCAUCAUAUAUCGGAUGUCACAACGAAGGCAAUGGCACUCAUUGCUCUGUUAAAGAUCUCAUCUCGUUUCCCUUCUUGUUCAGAGAGGGUUAAAAGUAUUAUAGGACAGAAUAAAGGUAGCUUCGUCUUAGAACUGCAACAAAGAUCCUUGGAGUUCAGUUCAGUUAUUCAAAAGCAUCAGAAUAUAAGAUCUUCCCUGGUUGAAAGAAUGCCGGUCCUUGAUGAAGCAACAUUUAGCGGAAGGAGAGCUGGUUCUUUACCAGCAGCUGUUUCAACUUCUGGAAAAUCUCCACUUAGUAUUCCGAACGGUGUUGCUAAAGCUGCGGCUCCUCUUGUAGAUUUACUCGACAUGAGUUCUGAUGAUUCUAUUGCCCCUACCUCCUCCAGUGCCAAUUAUCUUCAAGAUCUUCUUGGUGUUGAUUUAAUGCAGCCUUCAACACAACCUGGUACCAUGAAUCCAUCAAAAGCUGGGGCCGAUAUCCUUUUGGAUCUGUUGUCAAUAGGAAGUCCUCCCUCUGUGCAAAAUGGCUCAACGAAUGGUGACCUAUUAGCCUCCAUAGAUGCUAUUUCAUCAACUUCUCCCCCUGCGCCUUCUUCAAUGAUGGAUUUGUUGGAUGGAUUUGGCCCCACCCCACCAACUAGCGAGGACAAGGGUCCAGUAUAUCCGUCCAUUGUUGCAUUUGAGAGCAGUACCUUGAAAAUUGAGUUCAACUUCACAAAGCAACCAGAUAACCCUCAAAGCACAGAUAUUGUGGCCAGUUUCGCAAAUCUUACCCCUAACGUGUACACAGAUUUUCUUUUCCAGGCUGCAGUUCCAAAGUUUCUACAACUUCACCUGGAUCCUGCUAGCAGCAACACUAUUCCAGCCAACGGAAACAUCAAACAAACUAUGAGAGUUACAAAUAGCCAACACGGAAAGAAACCCAUUGUGAUGCGGAUGAGGGUAGGUUACAAGAUUGACGGCAAAGAUGUGUUGGAGGAAGGACAAAUCAACAAUUUCCCACGUGAGUUAUGA